UGGCACUGACGCUUCAAACGCCUCAAAAUUUCAAUACACCGAGCGCGUCCAACGCUUCGCCAUUUUCAAAAAAAUAAGAGUGUCCCCAGCCCACUAACGGGUACGAGUAAUUGCAGCAGCUCUGUAGUGCCUCAUUGGAGUAGCUUCCGGCAAGAUGCAGCGUUACAAGGAACUGUACAAGGAGCAGUCGCUGGCCCUGAGCCCGCGCAAUCACUGCCAGUCAAAUCGGGAACGGCAGCGGGCGGCGCGCGCCAAGCAGCGCGAGGAUGUAUUCCAUAGCAAUCGCAUCAUCAGCAUUAGUCCCACUCCAAUCAAGGCCAAGCAACCGCCUCCGCCGUCGCCACAAAUAGUGGAGGUCAAGGAGAACCUGGUGCCCAAGCAGGAGAAGAGCGAGGAGGCGGAGCAAAAGGUGCCACAGCAGCCAAUCUGCACUGAACCAGUCCAGAAGGAGUUGCCGGGGACUACCAAAACAGCCCGACACCAGCAGUUCCUCCAGCGAUUCAUGCAAUGGAAAAAUACCAGGAAGGAGGAACGCAAACAGCAGAUCCAGGCGCGUCGAGGGGCUAUCUCUGCCACAGCCGCCAAUCAGACAACUACAUUUCACCAAUCGAAAGCAUUCCAGGCACCCAAAAGCGUCGCAGCUCACCCCGAGGCGGAGGGCAAAAAGGAUCCCCCUGUUUUUGUGCCUCCAAAGCGAGCCUCCAUAUAUGUUAUUGCCAAUCCCACAACUAAAGGCAAAGCCAAGGAGCCCAGUGCAGUGAGAUUGGAACCUAUAAGAACCCAAAGAGUUGCCACAACGGCAGGAAGCAGGCCCAAGACUACUAUACCCACUCCUUCCAGCAAACCGUCAGCCCAACAGCUUUCAAAAACUCCCGCUUUGCGUCAGCCAGUUGGUUUUGCAGCCAAACCACAAUCUUUGGCCAAACAGCCACUCAAACCUACAUCUGUAAGGCCUCCCACCAACACUUUGCGACCCAGAGUGCCAUCGGGGACUGCAGUACGCACCACGAUUCCCAAGCCGAUGCCAGCUAGACCCGCCAUAGUUAGACCGCGACCUCCGUCCGCCUUGCGGAUCAAGUCCCAAGCACCUUCAGCGUUAAAUGCUCCAGCGCCCGCUCCAAAGCUGGCCAACGUAAGGAACCAGCCGUUUGAAAGGCCCGCAGUAAACAGAGUUGCGGAAGUAAGGGGCGCCAAAAUCACAAAACCACAGCCCAUUCGUGGAGGUGGAGGGGCAGCUUCGAAAUUCAAGGAUUCAGCUGCGACAAAGCAUAUGGCAGUCAAUAAGUCCACGAGGAUGAAGGCCGGCGUUGAAAAGAAAUCCUACAUGAAUCUUCAAAAGAAAGCGCGCCUAAUGCCCGACCUCAAGUCGGAACUGAUUGAGGCAGCAACCGUUGAAUUACCCCCCAACACUCCGCUAGAGGACCACCAUGGCGACAAUCCCUUCCUGGCUCAGAAUACUUCCACACAGUUUAGGACGCAUAAUGGCAACGCCAGUCUUGAGGCGGCGUUUGGGGACUUGACUUCUUUGAGUCCCCUGGCUCCGGCCAAAAGCGAAGGAGAGAAUUCGGCAAAGAGGCAGUUGCUUCCAGCGGAGGAGGCAGUUCAGAAGCCACUGCCAGCCGCCAAGAAAAAGUUCGACUUUACACGUUACUCAGUGGCUAACACGCCGUUGGAGGAUUCUCUAAUUUUGGAUCCACUUCCGCAAAUGAUUCAGGAAGAUCAACCAGCAGCUGAGUCGGCGGCGGACAGUACUUUAAUAUUGAAAUCCCAGAAUAAAUUGGGAGACUCUGUAGAUUCCACUCUAGUGCCUGCGAUGGAGAAGACUCCGCCACGUCGCGAUUCGUUGCCCAACUAUCUGAGCCCGUUUGUUAGCGUUUCGCGAGGCAAGGUGAACUCCCGCAGCGAACGUGAAAAGCGGAAUAGCAUGUACCUGCCCGACGAGGAUGCGCCAGUGGAAGUCCGGAGGGCCAUCGAGUCCGUGCUGUACUUCCGUUUGCAGCUGGAAAACGAGGUCAAGAGGCUGCAUUCGCUCUGCAGUGAAUGGGAGGCUUAUAGCCGGGAAAAUGAAACUAGAUUGAUGGAGACGGGUGGCAUGGACAUGAUUAACGUGACCAUUGGCCAGACCCGACUACUGACUAGUAAGAAGAUGAUGCAGUUUAGCGGACUGAUCGAUCGCUGCGAGGAGGGCGCCACAGGAAAGAACCGAAAGCCGGAUGACGGCAGCGAGGACACCAAGCCAGUCCAGCCCGAGGACUUGGAGGGAUGGUGGGACAUGUUGCGUCUCCAGAGCGAGAACGUUGACAAGCGAUUCGAUAAUCUCAACCAUUGGAAGGCAAACGACUGGAUCGACCCUGAUGCAGUUGUCGAGGAAGUGAAGGAAGCAAAGCCGGAACCCAAGGCAAAACCGAAACUAACGCGCAACAUGAAGAUCAAAUCGAAAGCCAAACCCUCUAGCAGCUUGCAGCAGUUCCUUCGCAAGGCCCACGCCGACAUGAAGAAAACUAAAGUGGAGGAAGUGCAGGAGACCAGUAAUGCCCCAUCCACACCUAAGCGUCGCAGUUCUCGAGUGUUUGUGGUACGCGAUCGAAAAUCCUUCUCCCCGGCUCGCACGGUCAUCCGUAUGUCCACUGGCGAGGGACGUACCUCUAUCGCUCCCAACGCUCUACUAAAGACGGCGCUGAUUGCGGCUGCGGAGCAAAAUGUGGCCAAUAAAACACCACCAAGGCCACGCGCCUCCAUUUUAAAAACACCCGGCACUCUGAAGCGCCAAAAUCGAGGAGUCAUAUUCAGUGCCAAGAAGAAGGUUCGCCGCUUCGAGUUCACCUAUGAUGAGGGCAACAUCAGCGACGGUGGCAUCGACAAGCUGGAGGACUGCGAAGAGGACAUGUCGCUGGAGGAGCGACGAUCCCUUGAAAAGAGAAACGAAUCUGGCGAGGAUUCUACGGCAUCCGCGGGAGAAAACGGACGAACUCCGCGAUCAUAUACGCUGCGCAACCGAAGAGUGCAUCUGCGACCCUCAUCCGAGUUUAUGUAGUUUUUGUGUUAAAAAUUUAAAUUUCAUGUGUUUAUACUUUUUUAGUUUUGGAUUGUUUGUUAAGAAAAUUAUAAUUUCCAGUUGUGUUAGAUUGUAGUAAAUUAUUAAUCCCAAACUGCACCUGGAAGCUGAUAUGCUGAAAGAGCUUACAUAAUGAAUCGGGAUUUUUUUAAAUGGUUUGAUAUUAAAAUAAAAAUGCAUUAAUAUUAUUGAUAACAAUUUAAAAA